AUGGGGUUGAUUGCUAAACCCGUAGGAUAUUUUCAUAGAUCGAUAUGGAUAACUGAAUUAGGUAAAUCCAUAACAGCUGCGCGACGUUUUUUUGAUUUGUUUGAACGAGAACCAGCGAUUGAUAAUUGUUCAACACAAGGAAAAGAAAUUUCAAAUUUUAAUGGUAAUAUUAAAUUUGAUCUUGUCCAGUUUCGUUAUCCGACUCGACCAGAAGUAGUAGUGUUGAAUAAAUUUAAAUUGAACAUUAAUCCUGGUCAAUGUAUUGGCCUUGUUGUGAAUAACUCAGUGGAAAGUCGACGAUUGUACAACUCAUUGAGCGUUUCUAUAAUGUCAGCGGAGGAUGCUUGGAUUGCCAAUUUUUCCGAUGUCUCACAUGAACAAACAAUUUCAAAAAUUGGUCUCGUAUCGCAAGAGCCUACUUUGUUCGAUAUGACUGUUCAAGAAAAUAUUGCUUAUGGUGAUCAUGGUCGUAAAAUACCAAUGGUAGAAAUAAUUGAAGCAGCCAAGAAAGCGAACAUCCAUGACUUUAUUCAAUUAUUACCACAAGUUAGUGCACUACAUUGUCUGCUUAAAUCAUGCAAUGGAACAGAUUUAAGAACUGAUGCAUUCUUUAAUAAACAGCUUUCUUGUAUGCAAGUUUUAUCAUGGAUAAAGUUAACAUCUAUCGUUGCUAAAUGUAAAGAUCAAAUCCAUUUCCGGCGUGUUGGUUAG